GGCGUGGCCAUGUAAAUGACCGUCAUGGACGCUUUUUUUGUGCGCACGACCAGACCGGCCGUGGUUCCAGGAGCAGGACGCUCGGGCGGACAGCCGCCCCAUCAUGUGUCCCUGCUGCAGCUUCUAACCUCCGAGGUGUGUGUGUGUCUGUGUGUGAGUGUGUGUGUGUGUGUGUGUGUGAGUGGGGGGGUGGUCGCGCACCCCUCCGUGAGGAGAUGCUGGGUUUCCCCGCUGCCAAAAGUCAACGGUUUCCCCCCGGACCCGCCGUGCAACACUGACAGCCCCUGAAUGCCAAAAGGACAAGGGCAUUGUGGGGAGCGCCCCGCCCGUAGCACCUCAAAAAAUGCCAAGGAUAGGAGUAACAGUGCCACUCUGCGGGCGUCCAAGAGUGGUAACCCCGUGGAGCGACCUGGGAUGGGUGACAUGAGAAACCGCAUGCUGCGCUGUGACUCAGAGAAGGACUCCGGGUACUCAGAGACUGGCUCAGACUCUGUGCACACUGAUGUCGACGACCAGCGCAGCAGCGUGAGCGAACCUCACAGGCAAAACAGCAAAAGCUCCAACAACAGUGUGAACGCUGCAGGAGGCAACAUGCCUCCUUAUAAGGAGCUCACUCCCAUUUACGUCAUCAAAAACCUGGUAGUCAAGCCGUCUAGACCAGAUCAGCUUCUGCAUGGGCCCUUGACAUGGGAAGGAGGAUGGCACAGCCUCACCGGUACCAAAGCACCCAACCAGUUUGUACUGAUCCAAGAGCCAGCAAUCCCUGAUUCCUCCACUGCUACCCCAACUCCCUCAUCCUGUCAAGUUGCACCACAAGCUCAAGUUAAAACAGGACGCAGCCAAAGCCACCAGAACCACGGCAGCAAGAACUCAUACCUACCCAUCCUGAAUUCUUACCCUCGCAUUGCCCCCCACCCCAGGAAGGAGAGUCAUGAGGACAAGGGUACAACAUGGGCGGAGGGGGUUAAGGAGGGUGGUGCUGAAGGCCACAGCCAGAGCAAGAGAGUGUGCACAGAGGUUGAAAAGUGGGAGGCUGAAUCCACCACCCAUUCCUAUUCCCAGUAUAAAGCCAGAGGACACAACUCCUAUCCCAUCUUAUCUCACUGUCCACUGCCCAGCCACACCUCCUCCACCACCCACCACAGGUCCCACGGUUGUCAGCAGAGCUCAGGUUCUGAUAGCGUGAGCUCACCCUCCGUCUCCAUCACUCAGACACCCUCACCGCCCUCUUCCUCCGACUCCCCCUCGUCCUCCUCUCCUCCCUCUUCAUCUCCUUCUUCCUCCACGGCUCACAGCCCACAUCGCCUGCCGCCAGACGGCUCGUCCACACGCCAGAGGCGUUUCCUCAACACAGCCGAGAUCUUGAACCAGUCGGGCCUGCUGGCCAUCACGCUUCGUACCAAGGAGCUGCUGAAGCAGAACGUCGCCACAGAGAGAGAAAUCGCUCAACUCCGUCAGCACACCCAUCUCCUUUGUCAGGUGGCCCAGCUAGGCCAAAGCGGUUGCAGGGAUGGCUUGGACAGCCUCGAAAUACUCCUGCAGGACAUGACCAAGUCAGCAUCCUACCCCAACUUAGACUUGAAUCCAUUUAAAGCACUCAGUAGCAGCCAUCAAUGGAGCAAAGCCAGAACUGAGGAAGCCCAAGAGAACGAUUACAACAUAAGAACCACCAAGACACACAGCAACCAACUGCAGGUGGUAUCUUUACACGAGCUAGAUGAUGGAACAUCACCUCCUUCGCCACUGUUCGCCCCCUCACCAGAAACAGAAGAGACACAGCAUGCUGACGAUCCCCUGGAUCUCAUGUCCAUCUCUGUGUCUUUCCCCAGGUCUGUCCCUGUACAGGGACACAGACAAACGGGCUUGGACAAGAACUUCCGUGAUCUCACGAUGUUGUCUGAGAGUUCAACGCACAACGACUAUCUCCUUUAGCUUCCUGGAGAAACAUGGAUCUGUACUGACUGGCAGGGAUAUGUCAACCUAGAAAUACAGGAGAGCAUGGGUUUUGUUUGAAUUAUUUAACCUGUCUGUGUGAAUGGGUAGAAAAAUUAUUUUAUUAUUGUGAUUUACACACAUGGUUUAAAGUUGACUCAUAUAUUUUCCUACAUUUUAGUCAGGGAUUUGCUCGUACCAGGUGCCCAUUUUCCACACAUACGCAUGUGUAAGCCUCUCAUUCAGGUGGUCACAUCCUCACCCGGAGAUGGAUGUCCUUUAUACGACAAGAAGCAGUGAGACUCAAACAUGUUUACAGAGAAACAGAGAACAUGGGUCAUGUACUGUACAGUAGAGAUGGAUAAGCAAGGCUCAAAACUUUAAAAAAAGCUUUCCGGAGUUAUCCAAGUAUUUUAUGUUUGCAUUGGCUAUAAUAUUUUUUAUAUAUAUAUAAUGGGAAAUGAACCAAAAUGCUGACUGAAGUGGAGGGCAUCUGCUGUCAGGAAAUACUUAAGCUAACAUUACAAGUAAAAUGUUAAAAACCUGCACCAUAAGUUAUUUGUGUGCUGGAGUACAUUACAUUUCUAUAACACUACUCAACAUUUUAACAUUAUAUAUAUGACAGAAAAACAGGGAGGAGCAUAUUAAUUGAGUGCAAAAAGACAAACUUCCUAAAUUCAUCCCUUUAAAUACAUCAUGCUGUCCUUACACAACAGUUUCAUGUUCAGUCCUCAGGACACACAUCUCAUAUCAGCGCAAGUUUAGUGCAACAUGUGUUUACAAGCAUUCAUUUUAAUUUUAAUAUCGUGACCCUGGUGAACAGCCUCGUAACAUAACUGCUAAUUUCUUCAUCACUAUUGCCCCAAGGGGGCCAAUUAAUUACUGUCAAUAUGUUGCAAUGAGUGUCUGUUACAGUACUGAGAUCUAUGCUAUGGGCUGCAUCCAAAUUACUACUUAUUAUUUUACAACGCAUCACUGCUGCUAUGUUUACUCCUGCCGUUCUGCACCACUCCACACUCGUUUUUAAGGGUCUAAAAUGGAGAAGUUUGGAAAUGCCUCAUCCAAAAUGUUUUCUAUCACUGUGUUACUGUAGUGUACCAUAAUUUAAACUAUACAUUUUCUUUUAUAACCGCUGAUAUGCAUUUCUGGACAUGAAAUUAUUUUUUUUCCUAAACUCAUUCUUUAUGAUGUAUGACACAGGUUUUGUAUACUGUGUGAGAUUCACACCAAUCAGAGCCAAAGCAAAUAUUAAAACUAAAGCAUGUGUUGCUAUUCAGGUUGGGUAAAAUAUGAUUGAUUUUUGGCUGGGAACUCAAAUCUGAUGUGAUUUGUUUUAAUGGCUGUUGCAUUCACAUUGUAGAUCGCUCAUUCAGUUGAACAUUUGGCCUCCUCAUGUGGCUUUUCGGGAUUUGGCUCUAUUGUAGCGCCUGUACCAACAUGUCACACCUGAACUACGAUUCAGUCUUAGCACAUGUCCACAGAUCAUGAUAUGGAACAGGCAUGCAAACUGAUUAUAUACAUGUACAGUAUACUUGCCCAUGAUCACUUGGGACAUCCCAAGGAUGCUGACAUUGCACAGUGUCAUUGUAUUCCAUGGAUUACUAUAUAAACAUAUUCAAUUUCU